CCCGCUCUCGCCCGCCCCCGACGGCGCCCAACUUGCCCCGGGCGCCUCCGACAGCAGCGCCCAGGCGGCUCGGCGGCGAAAGACCCAACAACGGGAGUGCAAUGACGGCGGGGAGUGCUGAAGCCGCGGGAGCCAUGAAGAGCCAGGACACUCUGGAGAACAAGCCGCCGGGACCUGCCCCUCCUUCCCGGCGGCAUGGCCGCAGGAGGCGGCGCAAACCUCCGCCGGAGCUGACUGUGAAGGCGCAGCUGCGGAUGCGCUCACCCUCAGGGGCCUUUGUGAUUGUGGGCAUCUCCGUGGUCCUGGUUGGCAUGACAAUUGCUGUUGUGGGUUACUGGCCUCACCGGAGCACAUCUGUAGCAGGAUCUGGGGCCAGCUCAGGGAACUCCAGCAGCACGGGGAGCAUCAGGAGGGAAGUGAAGGCACCUGCCCACUCGCACCACCUCUCCUCUACUGAGAAGCUGAAGCUCAUCGGCCCUGUCAUCAUGGGCAUUGGCCUGUUCAUUUUCAUCUGCGCCAACACCAUGCUGUACGAGAACAGGGACAUGGAGACCCGCCUGCUGAUGCAGAAGGGCCUCUAUGCCAUGACCCUGGGCCUCCCCCAGGUGGCAAGCCCAGAGGAGAGGUACUUCCAGCGGAGGACUAGCCUGCCCAUCCUCAAGGCCAACGCGGAGUGCGUGGAGGGCUGCUACGAGGUGGAUCUCUCCUCUAGCGGGUUCCAGUCCUGUUCCAGCCCUGGGAACAAAUGGGCCGACUGCUAUGGACCUAACAAGCUCCAGACGACGGCCCAGCUGCUCCAUCACAAGGGCCAUUCGCCUGCCAUCUCCCUCCUGAGCAUCCACUCGGGUUCGGGCAACUCCAUGGAAGGGAACCUCAAUCUUUCCUUUGCUUAUGGGGCUGAGUCGGUAAUUUCCUCAGCUGUCAACACGCUGCCGCUUCCCGUCAUCAAGCUAAACAACUGCCUCUCGAAGAAACAGGCUGUGGCUCGGGGGGCAGGGGAGGAAGGGGAGGGCAGUCCAGCUGAGGCACCUGCUGAGGUGCUGAGGCACUUGUGGACACCCUUGCCUAGUGACAGCAGUGUGUCCCCCAAAAAUGAUCUCCAGAGCAGCCACGUGGUGGUCAAUAUGGACAUUGGGCCUCCCCCUGUCCCACCCAGUGAGGAGCUCCUGCCCCCCAAAUGCACUAAGAAAGAGGUCACUUCAGACGUACAGCUCCAUAACCCCGGUCACUCCAAGUCCCUGGACCUUGGCAGGCCUGGAGUGCUGCUCGUGGCGCCAAUCAAAGACCGGAAGAACAGGAGUUGGCCUCGACUUGACCAGAUCAGCCUUGUAGGCUAUGCCAAACUGGAAAGCACAGGCGAGUCCUCAGAUCGGUUGUUGGAGCAAACAGAGCAGCAGAGCAGGGAUGAGCCCAGGCCAAGCUCUUGGCAGGUGGGCACAGAGCUGGGUACUGAAGUGUGACCCCCAGCAGGAGACUGGUGACAUGUUCAUUAAACCUUCCUGUCCCUUUUUUUACUGUGUCACUUCUGGGGCCGGUGAGGACACUUGUUUUUUAAGUGGACAUCACAAUGGUGACUGGGCGGCCAGCUUGCCAGCAGCCUAGCUGCAGCACAGGCCUGCUGCUCCUUAGGAAAGGGAUUUUUCUCUCCUCUCCAGAGUGCUGCUGUAUUGACCAAUUUCUCCAUGGAUGGUCCUGGCCUUGCUUUAGAAGUCCCUCUACCUGCGUGUUUUAUCAGGGAAUCCUUGCUUGAAAACUGAAUGAAAACUCCAGUAAAAAGGGAAGGCGGGGUGGGGAUCCCUGGUGCACAACUCCAGCGGCAUCCUUUCUUACAGUCACUUGGCAGGGCUGUGGCGAGGCUCCGGCUGCUUCCCCAUGCUGCUAGGAGGCUAGCUGGCCAGGGGCUUGCCGAGCCUAACAAGGUCAUUAAAUGUUAUCUUAUUACCCCCAA